AUGCUCCUGAUAUUUCUAUUUUUACCUGUGGCCUCUGCCUUUGAAUGUUAUGUUUGUGGAGUAUUUUUAUCAGCUCCAACAAGUAAUUGCAAGGGUAUUCCGAAACCUAUUAACUGCAGCGAUUCUUAUUCACCACAUGGCUGUAUUUCGAUUAUUGGUCGGCAAAAGGUUAUUAGUUCUUUAAUUGAGGCUUUUGGGACGGCUAAUGCCAUGAAAUGA